GACGGUUUAUAAAGUGAGGUCGUUGUUCCGGGGACGACACUCUUAGAACUGAACGAAACUCCUGAACGUGAACUAUUUGUGUUAAAGGUGGUUUACGGUUAUUAAAGAUCAUGAUUUUCAUUUUAAUAACGGUGAGUUUAUUGGCGAGUGUUUGUAACAGUCGACCUCAAGGUCGAACGCAGAACGCCGACCCAAGACCGUUAACUUAUGGUUCACCAUACGGAUUAGAUUUGCAGUACGAUUUUAGCCUUUUGGAUCCUCAAUUACAAUAUCCAGGAUAUCCAACACAACCCAGACUUCAACCUCAAGUCAUUUAUUACACCGGGGGAGCUCCAGGUCAACCUUUUCUAUUACAACCAGCGGGACAUCCCGGAAAUUUCUUAAUACCUCAACCCCAACCAGGAUUUGUUUUAAGAGAUUCACCUCAACCCAACCCCGUUUUCGUUCAAGGACAACCAAAACCAUUUGUUCCACCAAUUAAUAAAGAUGCAGAAGAAAUUCCAACUGGUCCAAGUUUAACAGCUCAAGGCGUUCAAGGUAAAACACCGGAGAAACUAGAAAGUUUUGGUGAAGGUCCUGAGUUUUCUUCUGGUGAAGCGGAAGUUUUAGCUGCAGCGGAUCGAACACAAAAUUUAAAACCAGGGCAACGCUUCUUUAUUUUAAAUGGUCAACCAUUAUUCUCAAAUUAUCCCCUUCCGCAAUUUUCAAACAGCCCUUAUCAACCAACUCCAGAACGAUACGGGCAAGACUUGUAUUAUAAACAAUCACCUUCAUUCCCACAAGAUGAUUUCAUCAAACCUUAUCAAGGGGAAACACCAAGACCGCGCCCCGCUCUAGAUGUUAGGUUCAAUGAGUUAGAUUUUAAUCAAAACUUUUUUGGGUUACACCAAAAAAAUGCAAAUAAUAAAGUUAACGAUAAAGUUUCGUUUAAAUUAAGACCAAUUAAAGUCCCGGAUGAAGAAAAUUCUUCUGAAGAGAUUUAUGGAGGAAAAGAUUUAGGAAAAUUCGACUCGUACAAAGACGAUUUGAGAUUAAAAGCUACUGAAAAGUCUCGAAAAGACGCUGUUAAAGAAGAAAGUAUAUCCCAAGCUGAACCCGGUGCAAUUGCUUUAGCAGGACCAGGUGGUGUUGCUUCUGCAGCUCCGAGAGGUACUGCUUUAUCAGGAACCAAAGGACUUUCCGUAUCCAGCCCAAAAGCAACUGCCAUUGCAGGUCCUGCAAAAGAAAAAGAACAAAAACCUUCAAAAAUUAAAAAAGAAAAGCAAUGAGUUUAUAAAAGUAGUUCUGUUUUUGUGAUUUUAGAUUUAGUUUAAAAAUUAUUUUUAGGUGAACUUA